AUGGCACCUCCAUUCAUCUGUGCAGGGCCUUCGGUGGGUGCCAUGCCACAAAUGGGCAACAUCAACGACUGCCAGUACACAGCAGGUCAUCUAGCAUUUAGUUGUGAUGCCAAAGAGGAAGAUGUUUAAAAUAUGUUUAGCCAAAUGGAAAAGAGUUUAGGUUAUGUAAACUACCUGGCUAAUGCUGCAGGUGUCAACAGGGACGUCUUGCUGUUGAGAACCAAGGUAGAUGAAAUGAUACCCAAGCUUCACACUAAUCUAUUGGGAACAAUGUUCUGCAAAGUUGCUGUGAAGAGUAUGAUUCAAUAGCAGAGUGGUGCUGUUGUUAACAUAGGAAGUAUUGUUGGACUGAAGGGCAAUUCUGGUCAGUCUGUGUACAUUGACAGCAAAGCUGGAUUAGUUGGAUUGUCACGCUUUCUUGCUAAAGAAGUAGCAGGAAAGAACAUUCAAGUCAACAUGAUUGCUCCAGGUUUCAUUCAUACGGAGAUGACAGCACAUUUGAAAGAAGAUCAGUUGAGGAAAACUAUUCCUCUCAGAAGGUUUGGGGAACCUCAAGAAAUUGCCAAAGCAAUUGUAUUUCUUCUGAAGUCUCCUUACAUAACAGGACAUGUUCUGGUUGUAGGUGGAGGUUUGCAACUUAUGAUUUAA